AUGCUACACCAAUUUGCGCUAUUGCUGCUCUCGCUGCUGUACGGCCCAGGAGCCGGUGAGCCCGACUGCAGCCAACGACCCGACUUGAAUGCGCUGAAAAACUGCUGCAAAAUGCCUUUGCUGCAGCUGUCCAAAUACAACUCACAGUGCGGUCAGUAUCUGGUCAAUGGAGCGCACAUUACGCCCUGCAGCUUCGAGUGCAUCUUUGAGGCAGCAAAAGUCUUGAACGGCACGCGUCUGGUAAUGGAAAACAUACGCAAAAUGAUGGAAGGCAUGCUGGAGGGACACCAGGAGUUUGUGGACAUCUACACGGAGGGUUUCGGCCACUGCUCCAGCGAGGAGCAGAGCAUGAUCAAGAGCCUGAAACGUCGCCGCAUGCACCUCACCGGCAAGUGCUCCUCCAUGUCGGUUAUGUAUGGGCUGUGUGCCCAUCGGUUUGUCUACAGAAACUGCCCGGAAAGUGUGGCCAGCAAGAGCACCAGCUGCACCGAGGCCAGGGAGUACAGCAAACACUGUGAGUGA